AUGAUUCGCUACACUUGCUCACUCAACACUCCCGAAUUCCAUCUCAUAAUUUACCUAGCUCUGAAUUUGCUCCUCACACUUUUGAACAAAAGUAUUUUAUGUCAAUAUCCAUACCCAUGGCUUCUUACAGCAUGGCACGCACUCUGCUCUUCCAUGGGCACAUAUAUUUCUCGAAGACUUGAUUCUCAAAAUCUUGAACAUCGAAGUCAAAGAAAGAAUUAUUACAUACUCUUAUUUUCGAUCUUAUACACGAUCAAUAUUGCAGUCAGCAAUGUCUCACUUGGAAUAAUGACUAUUCCCGACCACCUAGUAAUCCGCUCCACCAUCCCCAUUUUCGUCCUCAUCCUCUCCUUACUCUUCCGUUUACACACAAAACCCUACUCUCCUCUCACUAUCAUCUCUCUCCUCCCCCUCAAUCUCGGCGUCCUCCUCGUCUCCCACGACUCCCUCACCCUCACUCUCGACACCACGAUACUCUGUCUCCUCGGCGCCCUCCUCUCCGCCUGCAAAACCCUCUCAACCAACUCCCUACAAACCCACCUCUCCAUCCCCGCUCUAACAAUCAUCCACCACGUCGCCCCUCUCGCCGGCAUCCAAGCCACAAUCUGGUCCUACAUGAACGGCGAAAUCGACGAAUUUCUCGUAAAACAUAUAUCUUCCACUUCUUCUCCCCUCUCGACCUCUCACUUCGGUAUCCUUCUCAUUCUCACAAACGGUCUCGUAGCAUUCCUACUAAACUGGUCGAGUUUUACCACGAACAAAAAGGCAGGCGCCCUUACGAUGGCCGUGUUGGGGAAUAUCAAACAAGUCAUCUCGAUUGCGAUAUCGAUUGUGAUUUUUAGAGAUGCGAAUGCAUCAUUCACAGGAUUUGCUCACAUAUCCGGGAUGAUUUUGGCGCUGGGAGGUGGAUUUAUGUACAGCUUGGUGGAAGUUGGGACGUUUGAAAAGUCGAAAAAUAACACGUUUGGACAUUCACAGGAUGGCCUUUCUAGGAAUAUAGAGGAAGACAUAGGAAGUCGAAAGACAGUAUAUAUGUUACAUGAGCUGAAACCCCGUCAUUUUUGGGAAGUGAAGAGAUGGCGUAUCGGGUUUUCACGUCUCACUGCCAUCUGUUGUGGAUUGGUUUUCACCUUUGCUGUUCUGUUGUUUUGGGGGGUUUUUUUAUUAGCUUAG